AUGGCGUUGGCGGAAGUGUUUCAGGGUCUCGGUACCUCGCAGGGAUAUCUAACUGCUGUUUCGGUGAUCCUGGGUUUGUUCGCUGCGUACCUCUACGUUGCUGGCCGGUAUCUACCUGAAGGAGCACCUCCGUUGGUGAAAGGUGACUGGCCUCUGAUCGGCCCCACAGACUUUUGGACAAGACGAUGGGACUUCUUCAAGGAGGCGACAAAGGCAUCGGUCAAUGGCAAUUUCACGUUCCACGUUGGCAAACAUGUGGUCGUGGGAGUGUCUGGAGAUGACGCUAGACGAGCUUUCAUGGAGAAGGAGAUCGAUGGUCAGGGAUUCUCCAGACGUCUUCUUGCCAUGUUGAAGAAGGAGAAUUUUGUCAAAGGAUUGCAGGAUUUGAUCAAUGACACAAGAACGCGUUUGGAUGAACUCGUAAAAGACCCCAGCGGCAUCACUGAUCCUUUCGAGAGCAUUUACGGCAUUGUUUACCAACUCACUAUGCGAACGGUCGCGUGCAACGAGAUCGCCAACGACCGCGCUCUCUUGGACCAAACGCUGGACAUGUUCGAGAAAAUAGAGGCUUCGUCCUCGGCCAAGCUCAUCAUCUUUCCCUGGUUCCCGUUCCCCGGAAAGCUCAGACGACUCUGGUAUGGUGGUAAACUUUACAUGAUCUUCAAGGGUAUUAUCGAGGACCGUGCCAAGACUGGUCGCAGAGAGGAGGAUCCUCUGCAAUUCUUGAUUGACAAAGGUGACAAUGUCAAGGAGAUUCUCACUUUCGUCUUGGGUGCGCUGUACGCAGGCCAACUCAAUUCUGGCAUCAACGCUGCUUGGGUUAUCAUAUACCUUGCGAAUGACCAUUACUGGCGCGGAAAGGUUUGGGAGGAAGUCAAGGCAGUUGCCGAGAAGUACGACAGUGACACAUCAAAGUCGAUCGCAGACAGACUGGCAUCUGCUCCCCUCGAGGCGUGGGAGAAUGAAUUGCCCACGAUUGAUUUGUGCCUACGAGACAGCAUCCGUCUGAACGCUUCUGGUUCCAUGUUCCGUAAGAACGAGACGAACAAGGCCGUCAAGGUAUCAGACGGCACGGAAAUCCCGCCAGGCGCCUUUGCAGCAUAUCCAAUGGCCGAUGUUCAUCUCAACCCUGACGUCUAUCCCGACCCCGAAAAGUGGGAUCCGUCACGCUACUUGCCAGAGAAGGCAGAGGACCACAAGACAAAGUAUGGAUUCAUUGGUUGGGGCGCAGGCAGACAUCCAUGUCUCGGUAUGCGAUUUGCGAAACUCGAGCAAAACAUCAUCCUCGCCUUCUUCCUCGCCAACUUCGACUUUGCCUUGUCGGACAAGCAUGGCAACAAAAUUGAAGGAUAG